AUGACAACAAAUAGAAGUGAGUAUAUUAAUAAAAAGUAUGAUGAAAUAUAUAAUUUUAAUACUAUAAAUGAAGAUAAAAACAUAAAAUUGCAGAAUAUAAAAAAGAAUUUUGUUUGUGUAAAUAUUUCAAAUAAAAAAUAUAUUUACUUAUAUGAAAAUAAUGAAAAAAUUAUAAAUAGCAAUAGUGAAAAAAUAAGUAAAAAAACAAUUUGUGAAUCAAAAACAGAUAAAAGUAUCGAAAAUUAUUACAAAAAAAAAUUUUUUAAGAAUACAUUCUUAAAAUAUAAUUCAAUGAAGAUUAAAAAAAAUAGUAAAAUAAGUAAUUAUUUAAUAAGACAGGAAAAUAAUUUAAGUUUAAAAAAUAAAGUAAGCAAUGUUAAAAUAUGUGGAAAAUAUAAUAAUUAUAAUUACAAUUAUGAAAUGUAUUUAAGGAUUAAUAAAAUAAGAAAAAAGUUGAAUCAUUCUAAACAUAUGAAAUUAUUUAGUAAGUAUAAUAAAAAUGAUAAAAAAAAUAUUGACAAGAUAUUAAAAAAAUUGAAGGAUGGAAAAAAAAAAAAUAAAAAAAACAUACGAAAUAAAGCAAAAUUUCCACAAAAAAAUCCAUUAAUAAAGUAUAAAUGUAAUGAAAGAAACAUAAAUAAGAAUAAAUAUGAUAUAUGUAAUAUUGAAAAAGAAUUAUCAAUUGUAAAUAAUGACAAGAAUAAUCUUAAUAAGCCAAUUAGAAUUACAAAUAAAAGUUCAAACAAAAACUUUAGAAAAAUAAUCUUGGAUUUAAAUUGCAAAGAUAUGAAAAAGAGUUUUUUUUUAGAUGAAAAUAUUUGUUUUUUAAGAUGCCAAAUAAAAAAGAAAAUUAAAAAAUUAAAAGAGUUAUUGUUAAAAAAAAAUAUAGAAUAUUAUAUUAAUAGAAAACAUGAUGAAUUUGAUAAAUAUUCAUGUAAUAUAAUAAAAGACAUAAGAAACAAUAAUGAAAUAUAUAUAAAAAACGAAGGGGAAAAUAAAAAAAAAAGUGAUUUAAAUAUUAUUUUUAAAAGAAAGAUUAAAAAUUGUAUAAACAAUUAUUUAAAUAUGAAGCUCUUAAAGAAGAAAAAUGUUAAAAAUUAUAAAAGUAAAAAGAAAAAAAAAAAAAAGUAUAAUAAUAAUUUUAUUAUACAUAUAAUUUUUGAUAGUAUUCAUACCAAUAGUAUUAAUUAUUAUUCUUAUGUAAAAAAUUAUGUAAGGAAAUUCUUUCACUACUACUUCCAUAUUUUAUAUAAAAAAGUUUUAAAUUAUUACACUUCUAUUUACUCAAAGGAAUAUUUAAAUUAUAUAUCAGAUAAAAAAAAAAAUUACUAUGAUAACAGUAUUAAUGAUUCUGAAUAUUAUCAUCACAAUUUUAUUAAUUGUAAUAACAUUAAUAUAGACAUGAUUUAUAAUGGUAUUUCUGAACAAACUGAAAAAAAAUGUUUUAUUUUAAAUAAUAAAAGCAAUAUUGAAGAAAAAAUUCAUUUUGGUGAUGCUCAGUUUUGCCUUUUAUCCGAAAUAGAUAAAAACAAAAAUAAAAAUAAUAUUUAUAGUCAUAAUAGCAUAAAAAAUAAAGAAAUAAUUAACAUAAUAAAUAUUUAUAAUAAAAGAUUUGCAGAUCAGUAUAUUAAUAAUCAUUAUUUUAAUUGUAAGGGAAAGGAAGUUAUAAAUGUAAAUGAAAAUGCUAAUAAAAUUGAUAGUUUUAACUAUAAUAAUGCAAACGAUAUUGAUAACAAUAUUAGCUUUAAUAAUAAGAAUACUAAUGAUAUGAAUAACAAUAAGGAUGAUAAUAAUAAUGAUAAUAAUAAUAAGGAUGAUAAUAACAAUAAUAAGGAUGAUAAUAAUAAUAAUAAUAAGGAUGAUAAUAAUAAUAAUAUAAGUAAUAUCAGAAAUGAUAAUAAAAAUGGCGUCAAUAAUAAAAACAACAAUGAUUUUAUUAAAAAUAAUAUUAAUGAUCAUAAUUUAAUAAGUGAUAUCAACACAAAUAAUCAUGCAUAUGAAAAUAAUAUAAUUAUUUAUGAUGAAGAAAGUAAUAUAAGGGGAAAUGAUAAUAUAAUAAAAGAAAACAACAAUGAUAAUGAUAAAGGUACUAUUGCUUGUAAUAAUGGUAAUAAUAAUAUUAGUAAUAAUAAUGCUAGUAGUAGUAAUAUAAAUAAUAAUACUAAUGAGCAUGAAAACUACUAUAAAUUAAUAAAAGAAAUGGAAAUUUUAGAAAAAAAUGAAAAUAUGAAAGAAAGUUCAGAUAAAAAAAGAAAUAAAAUUAUUGACACUAUUAUAAAUGAAGAAAAUAAAAUGAAAUUGUUAGAUGUAGAAAAAUUGAAUAUGAAAUCAGAAAGUUUGAUUACAGAAAAAGACAGUUCUAAUUUAAAAAUAGAUAAAUUAGCAAAUGAUGAAAAUCAUAUAUUAAACAUAAAUCAAAAUAUAAUACAUACAUCAAAUUAUAUUAAUCAGCCAUUAAAAUUACCCUUAUUACCUGAAAUGAGUCAUCCAAAUUCUUUUUCACCGUCUCAUUCACCACGUUCUAAUAAUUUAUGUAGUAGUAAUAAAAAUUCUACACCUAAAAACUCUUCUAAUCAACUAAAUGAUCCUGAUUUUGAAGAAGCCUGUGAUAUUAGGUUAAUGAAUUCUUUAGAAAAUAUGAAAUUUUCGCAAUCUCCUCCAACAAGCUCACUACAUGCAUCGUGUUUGCACUUAACAGAUGUGAAUGAAUUAGUGUUAUCUCCAAAUCAACAAUUAUAUUCUAAUAGCCCUCUAAAAUCACCCAAUACCCCAUUAACUCCCACUUCCUCAAAUUUUGAAUCAAAUUCUAAUGAAGAAAAUCUAGAAAAAGUGAAUUCUAACUAUUUAAUAUCCUCUCCCUAUCGUAAUGAUAUUUUUUCUGAAUUUGAUAUGCUUAGUUCAUUUUUUGAAUCCUUAGAUGAUUUAGAAAACAAAAGUGAUUGCACGGAAAGUAGUAGUAAUGAAAAUAGCAAAUAUGGAAAUAAUUUUUCCUUAGACAUAUAUGGAAAUAAAAUAAAAAAAGGAAAUAUACAGAAAGAUGAGGUUAUUUAUAAUUUUAAAAAAGACAAUUCAAAAAAAGUAUUUCAUGCAUGGUGUAAUAAAGGAAAACAUGAAUUAAAUUAUGAUAAUAAAAAAUUCAACUCAGUAAUGGAAUGGAUAAAUUAUAUAGAAGAAUUAAUGUCUCAUGAAGAAGGAGCAGACAAGAGUAAAGAUGAAAAUGUAAACAUAAAUGUAACUCAAGAUUUCUUCUGUGAUCAAAAUAAUUACAACAAUGAUAACAGCACUGAUAUUAAUAAUAAUAAUUAUGUUAAAAUUAAUAAGGACAAUGAUAAUAAUAACGAUAUGUUUAUGAGUAAUAAUUAUUCAAGUAACUAUGAUAAUAAUAUUAGUAAUAAUGAUUAUAAUAAUUUGAAUAUGGAGAAAAACAAUAAUGAAAACUAUAGUGAAGAUAAUAUAAAUAAAGAAAAAAAAUUUAAUAAUGAUGAUGGCGAUCAUUUAAAUGAAAAUUCUUCGGAAUUUCUUCAUUCUUUAAAUAACCCCAGCUUUAAUAAUGUAGAUAUUAUCAAUUUUGAAAGCAAACAAAAUCUAAUACCAGAGUAUAACAAUGCUGAAGAUCAUGUUACUUAUAGUAAUGAAAUAAAUAAAAAUGAAGAUUAUUUCCAAGAUCUCUCAUUAAAUAAUAAAAAUACAUUAAAUGAUCCCUGCAAUAGUUUUAUAUGGAAUGAUGACAUGAAUGAAAAAGAUGAUUAUAAUUACGAUACCAAUUUUUCAAACAUUAACAAUAAAGAUAAUGAUUUUGAUAUCAAUGCUGUUGAGCAAAAAAAUGAUAAAACAGAAGAAAAUGCAAAUGAUAAUGUAACGCCAUCUAAUUUUAUAGAGGUAACUGAUCCUUGGAAAAGACAGUAA